CGAUACUACUAUGUUUACAUUUGCUGUUGUUUGGUUCUAUGUUUAUACUGCUUAGAUGAAAAUUAGAUGUUAUGUGUUUGCUGAUGUGGCAUUCGAGAAGCAUUGAUAAUUGAAAGCAUAUCGCCAAAUCCAAGGUAUAGACAAACUAAAGCCAAAUCAAAUGGGCAAAACAGCUCGGGUUGUGAUGUGUGGCUUAAGAAAAGUUGGAAAAACAGCAGUACUGGAACAACUAAUUUAUGGAAACAUUUCAAAAUCCACUGAGUUGCAUUCAACAAUAGAAGACAUAUAUGUAGCCAAUAUUGAAACAGAUCGUGGUACAAGAGAAAAGGUCCGGUUCUACGAUAUAUGUGGCUUAGAUCAACCACUUCCAAACAGUCCAGCAUCACGAGAUCAACCGCAGUUGCCACGACAGUAUUUUGGACUUGCAGAUGGCUAUGUUUUAGUCUAUGAUACUGACAGACCAGAGUCUCUUGAUGCCCUGAUUGCAUUAAAAAAGGAUAUAGACAGGAACAGAGAAAAGAAAGAGGUGGUGCUAGUAGUUAUUGGAAAUAGAAUUAAACAGUCAGAAGUUGGCAAUCUAGAGAAUACUGCCAGUAAGGCAGCUCACUGGGCUGCAAGGGAGAAAAUAAAGCAUUUUGAAGUGAAUGCCAUGGAUAGGAGCACUCUGUUUGAACCUUUCGUGUACCUUACAUCAAGACUCAACCCACCACCAAAUAAAAGCACUUUCCCACAGUUGAGCAUGGUUAGGAAAAGUAUUGGAAGGCCUGACACAAAUUAGCAGCACUGUUACAUUGGUGUAAUUAUCCUAAGAACUGGAUCAAUUUAUACAGCAUUUACUACCAGCUUGUUUUUUUUCUGCUGGAACCAGUACAGCAGUUGACUAAGGGAUGUGUAUUUUGUCUAGCUAAUAGAGAGCUACUCUCAGACCUAUCAUUUAAAAAUGUGGUAUUAGCCCACCAAAUGUUUUUUGCAAAUGUUGCAGAUCUAGAAGGCUAUUGUUUUCUGUUUUCAACAGAAGGGAGAAUGGAGGGAUAAGCAUGAGAUUUACAGUUUUGGCAAAGAGUGUAACUGGGUGUUAUUGUUUGUUUUUUUAUCUUGUGAAAAAAAUUGUGUAAUAAAACUAAAACAUUCAUCUGUUCUGCUUUUGUGAUUCUUGUUAUUGAUUGGGUCUUCAUUCCAUAUUCACUAUAUGAUUGUUAAUAGUUAUUAUAAAUAGUGAGUAUUGAGGCUGUUAUUUAGUAAUGAACCAUAAUCCUGCUGUUCUGUUCCAAUUUACUUUACAUAAAAUCUAUUCAGAACAA